AUGUUCAAACAACUGUCACAAAUAGGGAAGAACUUAAGUGAUGAACUCCAGAAAGGUUUAAGUGAAGAACUUGCACCUCUACCUCAAGCCACUGAUCCAACAGACUCAGCCAAUAUGACUAACGGUAAUAGCACUACAGAUGGAUUACAACCAACGGGAGUUGGUAAUGAUUCUGACGGUACACAAGAUUUACCAAAGGAUAUUCAAGCUAAGCUGAGGAAGUUUGAAAAAUAUGAAUUGAAAUAUCCUGCUUUAUUGAAUGCUUAUAAGAAUGAAAAAAUUAGGAACGAAAAGAUUGAGAAGAUAUUAACUGAAAAUACGCCCUUGGCUAAUCUUGAUGAUGUGGAUAGUUUGCCUGCCUUUUUCCAAAACAUCAAUACAAAACACACCAUUUAUAAUGAUGAGAUAAAAAGAUUAACGAAGGAAAAUAAUGAAUCUAGGGAAAGAUUAUCUGAUAGGACAGAAAUUGAGGAACUAGAGAAGAAAUUUAAUAGUGAAAGGGAAAAUUUACAAAGGGAAAUUGAUGAAGCCAAAGAACAACGCCAAAAUGUUGAAAGACAAAAAGAUACAUCGUCUGCUGAUGAAGUUGAUAGGUUGAAAACCCUUCUUGAAGAAAAGGAAACCAUGUAUCUUUCAGAAAUUAAAAUACUGGAGGACAAAUUAGCUGCAGCUCAAAAAGAAAAAGAUGAUAAGCAAAAUAAGCUUGAAAAAGUUGAGAAACAGUAUGAUGAGGAGCAGGCGCAGCUGCUAGAAUCCCAAGCUCGAGAAGUCACAACUUUGAAGACACAAUUAGAUGAAUCUAACAAAAGACUAGGUGAUAUAACUUCAAAAAUGAAGCCUCUAGAAGAACAAUUGGUCGAAAAAGCUAAAACUAUACAAGAACUACAAGAACAAUUAAAUAAGUCUACCUCGGCAAUUGAACUACCAACAAAAACAGUUACAGAAACGGAAAUUACGACACUCAAGACGACCCCGAUGAGCAAAAAUCAAAAGAAAAGAAAUAGAAAGAAGAAUAAGAAACAAAACAAUGCACCCACAGUCGCCACAAAAGAAGAAGAGCAAGCUGAAAAAAACCCUCAACCAUCAACUGAAGAAGACAAUGCGGAUACUUCUGGUCUUCUCGAGAGAUAUAAUACAUUGCUCAAAGAUUUUGAAGCAUUUCAAUCGGAACAUAAAGAUUGUAAAGAUUGGGAGGAGAAAUAUAACGAAACUAAAUCACAUCUUGAAGAGUUAAAAGAUGUCAGUGAAAAACUCGCAGAACUCGAAGAAGAAAAAAACAACUUAGGAGCGGAGCUUUCUAAAACUAAAGAAGCUCUUACUGCAAAGAAUACCGAAGUUGAAGAGCAAAGAGAGAUGAUGAGGGAAAUAGGUAAUGAUCUCGUUGCUGCAAAAGAUCAAAUAAAAGAAUCCUCAUUAGGUAAAAAUGAGGAAAUAGCAAGAUGGACUGCUCAGGUUGAAAACUUAAAAAACGAAAAUGAAAAGAUCAUUUCCGAAAAUAAGACUAAGCAAUCUGAAUUAGAAAAGAACACAGCGGCGCUUACUGAUGAGAUCGAAAAAUUGAAAACUAAAUAUAUGGAUGCUUCAAAAAGAUUAAAAGAUAAUGAAGCAAGAAUGAAUGAAGCACUGAGUAAAAUACAAAAUGAAAAUAAUAGAUUAUCGAAUCAAAUGAGGGAUUAUAAUUCAGUAAAAACUAACGUUUUACAAAAGGAGAAAACAAUUUCUUAUUUGGAGAAUCAAAUUAAAGGAUAUACUGAAGAAAAAAUUAAAACCGAAAAAUCUAUAGAUAUGUUGAAGAGGGAGAACGGUAUAUUAACUAACCGUCUCGACCUGCUAAAGAAAGAAAAUCAAACGUUACAUGAUAAUGUCAAGAAAAAUUCAAACUCUUAUGAAAAUUAUCUAAAAGAAAAUGGAAAACUAUCUGAACGUCUAUCAAUACUACAAGAUAAAUAUGAUGCUCUACAAAACAUCAAAAGCAACUCUAAUGAACAAACAGAUUCGAUAAAGAGACAAUGUGAAGAACUUAAUGUAAAAUUACGUGAAGCAAGUAAAAGGAUCAUUUCUUUAGAAGAUGAAUUGAAUGAUUAUACCACAAUAAUUCAAGAUAAGACAAGAGAAACCGAUACGAUGAGGCGUUUACUUUCUGAAUCACAGAAUGAUGAGAAGACAAGACAACAUCAAUUGACUGAGAAAGUAACCCAGUUGACUAAUGAGAAGGAAAAGUUAGAUUCAGAAUUAUCUUUGCAAACAGCGAGGAUAAACAGAGAGAUAAACGACUGGAAACACAUAACGAACGAUUUAAAGUCUGAAGUACAUGCUUUGAAACUAAGGGAACAACAGUUACUCUCUGAAAUCACAACUUUAAAUUCACUAAAUGAUACAAUGAAACGUAAAAGUGUUGCGACGCAUGAAGAUUCUGGUGAGCUAGAAAAAUUAACAUCUAACCUAAAAGAGGCAUUAUCUAAGGCAGAUGGCAAAAUACAAGAACUUCAAAAUUCCAACGAGCAAUUAAUGCAUUUGAAUAAUGAUGUAAAUAAAAAACUCGAGCGUAUCACCAAAAAUUAUAGAACUUUAUCGAAUCAGUUGAAUGCAUUACGAGAAGGUAAAGAGAUCUCAGCGAGAGAAAGUAGAUCUAACUCAGUAGCAUCUUCCGUUAGCAAUCAUUUAACUGUCGGUGAACCUCGAAAAUCUUCAUCAACGAACGAUUUGGCGGGCUCAAAACGAGAAAACGAACUAGAGCAGACAGAAAAAGUUGCGUAUAUGAAAAACGUUCUUCUCGGAUUCUUAGAGCAUAGGGAACAACGAAGCCAACUAUUACCAGUUAUCUCUAUGCUAUUACAACUGGAUAGUAAUGACGAAAAAAGGUUACUGAUGUCAUUAAGGUAA